GGGAAAGGCCUAUUCAAAUUGCAUGUUCCAGGGAUCCUCCCAUAAUAGCCCUCCCCUUUUUCAGUGAGAAAGUAUGUCAGUAGGACAGCGAGUCCACAUGGGCUUAGAACCAAGAUGAAUGAAGUGACACUCGGAAUCAACCAAUCACAGACGCAGCUGUUCAGGCCACAUCCAGUAGGCUGGCAGAAGCAGAAGGGGGCGGGGCCUCUCCAUUAUUAGACUGAGCAUCCCUGAAUGGCGUGUUAGUGGAAUGUUUGCAGACGAAGGUUAUAUAACACGGAGAGCCGUAUGGGAGGGGCACCUGAGGGCUUACCGAUUUUCCAUUGCAUGCCACUGUGUAUCUUGGUCAUUGCUUUCAGCUGACAGACGAACCAGAAAGACAAAAUGGAGGAUGUUUUUAUCUCAAAUUGAGAUUAUACCGUGUAAAAUCUGUGGUGACAAAUCCUCUGGAAUUCAUUAUGGAGUAAUCACGUGUGAAGGAUGCAAGGGUUUUUUCCGGCGCAGCCAGCAGAACAAUGCCAUGUACUCGUGCUCGCGACAGAGAAACUGUCUGAUCGACCGAACCAAUAGAAACCGAUGCCAACACUGUCGCCUGCAGAAGUGCCUGGCACUCGGCAUGAGUCGUGACGCGGUGAAGUUUGGGCGCAUGUCAAAGAAACAGCGAGAUAGUCUGUAUGCAGAGGUACAGCGGCACCAACAGCUGUCUCAGGAAUGUCUGGCAGGUUUGGGGGGCCGUGAGGAGACAGGCGAUGACAGCACGCAUAGCCGGCCGUACAGCAGCGGUGAGUCCAGCGAUGCCCUCAGCGACCUGGAUGACAUCGCCACGCUGCCCGACGGUUUGCUUUUCGACCUACCGUUGACCCCGGAGGAGGCGAGAGAAUACUGCGAUCUCGACAUACUAGGGGGCGGAUCCGGAAGCGUGGGAAGUGGAAGUUCGUCCAGUCAGAGCUCGCCAGAGCCGAGCACUGUAGAUUUCACAGAAGCUGGUAAUGGGAAACAUGAGUACAUGCUGUCUGAAAAUAGUCGACUUAUGCACUCAAUCUUGGGGUCCCUACCAGAAACAUUCUCACUAAAUAAUAUAGAGCGGAUCACUCAAAAUGUGGUGAAGUCUCACUUGGAGACGUGUCAGUACAGCGCAGAUGAGUUGAAGAAACUCACCUGGAACCUCUACACACCCGAAGAAACUCGUAGCUUUCAGCUCAAGUCUGCAGAAUGGAUGUGGCAACAUUGUGCCCUGCACCUCACGAACGCCAUUCAGUAUGUUGUGGAGUUUGCCAAGCGCAUCUCUGGGUUUAUGGACCUCUGUCAGAAUGACCAGAUUAUCUUGCUCAAAGCAGGAUGUUUGGAAGUGCUGCUGAUACGAAUGUGUCGCGCUUACAACUCUUCUAAUAACACUAUGUAUUUUGACGGAAAGUUUGCCAGCCCUCAGCUCUUUAAAGCUCUUGGGUGUGAUGACCUGGUGAAUGCAGUCUUUGAACUGGCUAAAAACCUGAGCCGUCUGCAGUUAAGUGACGAAGAAAUGGCUUUAUUCAGUGCUGCCGUGCUGCUGGCACCAGAUCGGCCGUGGUUGACAGAAUCUCAGAAGGUUCAGAAGCUUCAGGAAAAGGUUUACAUGGCCCUGCAGCACAGCUUGCACAUGAGCGGGGCCGCCACUGAGAAGCUGGACAAGAUGGUGUCUAAACUCCCACGGAUGAAGUCGAUCUGUAACCUGCACGUUGACAAGCUGGAGUUCUUCCGUCUGGUUCACCCAGACACGGCUUACAACUUCCCACCUUUGUACAGGGAAGUGUUCGGCAGCGAGAUCAACUUCCCUGACUCCACCAACAGUUAGGAGGAGAGAGAGAGAGAGAGAGAGAGAGAGAGAGAGAGAGAGAGCACACUGUAGAAAGAGAAGAGAUCAUUAGAUGUAAAAACAUACAGGGGCCAACACAGUAUUUUAGAUUACAUGCUGGCCUGCUGUCCAAUACAGAAAUAAUUAUUUUGAAAAAAAAAAAAUUAGACAGUAGGAUUAUUCCUGGGAUUGUGCCACCUUAUCUAGCUGUUUUAUUUUACGGAAACACUCCUAAAUUAUCAUUUAUGUACAGAAGAAACAGCCAUAUACAACUGAUGUAUAGGCAACUCUGUACACAAAAGGAUAAAGGAGUUUAUAUGGUGAUUUUUUGGAUUAAAUGCCUUUCAUUCCAUUGACUUCCAUUUAAUCGCGCUCGUUGCAUUUCACUACGUUCAAAAGUUAAAUUUUGUUGAACUCCGAUCUGCGAAUUCAUCACCAGUGAACAGUAGGAGAUCUUGGAAAUCCAAGAUGUAGGAAACAUGAAUAGAAGCAAUGUCGCACAAUCCCCUCUUGUUCAACACUGAUUUGAAAGAUUAUAAAAAUCAUUGGAUGACUAUGUCACUGCAUAGUGGACUGGAUUAUUAAAAUAUUUUCUUUCAAUAUAAAUUUGGUUGUAAAAAACGACUUGCGUGAUGUCAUAUCCUGUUUGUCAGGGGUCUGCGUAGAACUUUCGCAUGUUGAAAGUCUAAUGUGACCGCUGCAAACCUUUCUUCCACAUACUGUAGAUCAUAAACCUUCUGGAGAGCACAACACCCUUUAAAUGAAGUGUUUAAAACGAAAUUUACCUCACCUAAUCGCUCUUUUAGUGUUCAUAGCAUUCCUGUCUCCAAUUUGUUGACUUUGUCUGAGUUGUUUCAACCUCAGACGAAUCAUGAAUGUAUCCCACAAGCUAGAGCACUUAUUUUGUUUUGAGACAGAAUGUAGAUGUUGCACUUUCAGUCCGAAGUUACGCUUUAAAAAACGUUGACAAUCUACUUUCUAGAAAAAAAAAUCCCAGGUAUUUAGUAAAAAUUAAGGGACCAAAAUUUUAUCACUGCUGUUUUAAAUGAGUAUUCUGAGUUAUAUAUAUAAACAGACGUAGAUCCUCUGUUGGCCAUACAAAAAUGCACGGACAAAUCUCCAUUUUAUAUUGGACAAAUGGUUGCCCAAAAACUGCUAUUGUAAAUGCGUCAUAAUAUCUUUUUAUAUUUUAAUUUGUUUUUUUACAAACUGAGAGCCAUUUUGGUUAUUUUUAUAGUAGUUGACAGCUUCACUUGUAUUUAACUUGGAUUAACUUAAAAUCAGUUUGUUGAACUAUUAUUCAAUAUGCAAUCAAAAGUAGAUCUGUCCGUUUUUCUUUGAACAAUUAACCGGGUAAUUAUUACUACUACUCUAUAGUCGUUGCCAAACGUUUGUUUUUACGAUAAAGAAACGAAAACCAAAUGCACAAUAUCAUCACAUUCACAUUUGUUUAAAUAAAUGAAUACCUCAAUCUGUUUUAGAGUACGUUUAUGAAAACAAGUUUUGGUGAACACAAUAUUUAAAGCAGUUAUUCCACCCCGUACGUAAACAUUUGCUCAGGCACAUUUUGACAGUGUUUGGUGCUGCUCCUUGUUAUACAUUUUUAGAUUUAUUUUAUUUUUUUAUUAAGUCAAUUUAAUGAGAAACCUCAGUCCUUUGUCCCUCUCCCUUGUAAAUGCCACUUUAAAAGAAGCAACUUUCAUUUAAUUUAUAUUAUCAUUUAAAUGAUUAUUUUAAAUAGGAAUGUAUAUAAAUUAGCAUAUUUAAAAGAGAGAGAGAGAGAGAGAAAGAGAGAGAUGUAAAGGUGGAGCAGGUUUACUGGAAAUGGGAAUGUUAAAGGAGGAUCAAACCAGGACUAUUACCAGCUGGCUCCUGCGUGUACAUGGAAAAUCGUACCAGAGAAGUAAAAGACUUUGCUUUGGACGGACUUCCACACACUUUGUUGCUGCUGGACAUUGCAACCUGGCCUCCAGAGGUAUCCAUUCUGGUCGAAAAAUCUCAGCCAAACUGGAUUGGGAUCAAAACAAAACAAUGUUUUCUGGAACUCUGAUAAUCUGGUUUUUCACACACAAAGGACAGUAGGAUGUUCAGAAUGUCAGUGGGAUCUCUGUCCGUCAAAGGAUACGGAUACAUAAAGUUAUACUGCGGCUGCAUUGAAAAUGACAGUGAUUUCUGUUGUAAUAUUUUGUAAAUUGUUGAUCACCUCUCAUAUGUCAAUGUUUGUGGUCGAGAUCUCGUCCUUCCAUUGUUACCUGCAUGCCCACGCAGUUUUGACUAAGUUAUUAAAGGCUAUUCCUCUGAAUCAUGGUUCACAAUAUUGUUUAUACUAGUAUAUACUGUGCAAUGGUUUUAGGCAAUUCUCAAAUGAAUGAGUGAUCAUACAAUCUACAUGAAAGACUCAAAUUAAAUGAUAUGGCGUUCAAGUCUGUCAUAUUUCUAUGUGGCCAGCCAUGUUCAGGAAACUUCAUUGAAAGGUGUGGUUCAUAAAUAUGGGAAUUCUGUCUAUGUAACGUGUUGUUUUGACAACCCCAACCUCUAGGCCUUUGACGCAUGCCUUUCUGUUCAGAAGAAAUUGUGUUGUCUCAUUUAGUCACUUUGUACAACAGUAUAUAUGUGGUUCCACGUUUAUUUUGUUUUUUUCUGUAGAACUGUGUUUAUCACAAAAAAAGAGUUAUUCUCAGGGAGACAGCUGGUCUCUGUCUCAGCCAGUAUCCUCUGCCGACUAUACACACAUACACACUGUCGUAUACCCCCCACAUAUGCACCCAUACACAUGUUGCACCGAAUAGGAGACCCGUAUUCUCGAUCACUGUGUCCUGUAGCUAUAUUUAAGAAAAAUAUAUAUAUAUUUUUGUGAAUGUCAAUCACAAAGUGUCAAAGACCUUUCCUUUUUCUGCUAAUGUACUUUUAACAGGUUCUUUCAGCUUGAAUUGUAUAAGACAUAGAAAAUGAGAGAAAAUUAAAUAAAAUCAAUAAAAACUAAAAAUGGAUUUUAUUCUUUUAAAAUGAA